CUUCUUAGCUCUCUCUCUCUCUCAUUGGGUUCACCCAAACACUUCAAAUUGCCACUAUACAUGGCCACCAAGCCAGCCGAGGCCUUCACAAUGGAGCUACAGCCAUUUGACGCUGCCACGGCCGCGUCCGAGAGGGCCAAAUGGCUGCUUAGCUCCCCCGCCCCGCCCGCCCCGUGGAGGCAGGUCUACACCUCCGUCAAGGAGUCUGUGCUGCCCGGAUCAAAAUCCAGGCAGCAGCCUCGUCGGAGCAAGAUUCUAGUCUUCGUAGAAGGCUUGUUUCCGAUUCUUAAAUGGGGUAGAAACUAUAAGGCUACAAAGUUCAAGAAUGAUCUCCUUGCCGGGUUGACUCUCGCCAGCCUCUGCAUCCCACAGAGUAUUGGAUAUGCUAAUCUAGCCAAGCUUGACCCUCAAUAUGGAUUAUACACGAGCGUGGUGCCUCCGUUGAUCUACGCCAUGAUGGGGAGUUCGAGAGAGCUGGCCAUCGGCCCAGUGGCCGUCGUCUCGCUGCUCCUCUCCGCCAUGGUGUCAAAGGUGGUGGACCCCGCGGCCGACCCGGCAUUGUACCGGCGGAUAAUCUUCACCGUCACCUUUUUCACCGGCGCAUUUCAGGCCUUGUUUGGCGUAUUCAGGCUGGGAUUUCUGAUCGAUUUUCUCUCGCAUGCUGCGGUCAUCGGAUUCAUGGGCGGCGCCGCCAUAGUUAUUGGACUGCAGCAGCUCAAGGGAUUGCUCGGAAUCAGCCAUUUCACAUCUAAAACGGAUGUUAUAUCCGUUUUGGGGGCUGUGGUCGAAGCCCUUCAUCACCAAUGGUAUCCACUGAACUUCGUCCUCGGCUGUUCGUUUCUGAUCUUCAUCCUAGCCACCCGUUUCAUCGUGUUGAAAGUGCAGGGAAGAAGAUACAAGAAGGUGUUCUGGUUACCGGCGGUGGCGCCGCUCUUCUCCGUCGUGCUCUCCACCUUCAUCGUCUACUUGACAAAGGCCGAUAAGCACGGCGUCAAGAUCGUCAAACAUCUGAAAGGUGGCCUCAAUCCCGUCUCGGUUCAUCAGCUUGAUUUCGGAGCUCAACAUGUUGGAGAAGCAGCUAAAAUUGGAUUGAUUUGUGCACUUAUAGCUCUCACUUUAUUGCUGUUGCUGUUGGGAGUCUCAGUAUGUAUAUGUGGUCAGGAAGCUAUUGCUGUUGGGAGAUCUUUUGCUUCGAUUAAAGGGUAUCAUUUGGAUGGGAACAAAGAGAUGGUGGCUAUGGGAUGCAUGAACAUUGUUGGAUCUUUCACUUCUUGUUACACUGCAACUGGUUCGUUUUCUCGAACUGCGGUGAACUUCAGUGCAGGGUGCGAGACUGUAGUAUCGAACAUUGUGAUGUCAAUCACAGUGCUAAUAUCACUGUUGUUAUUCACGAAACUAUUAUACUACACUCCACUUGCUAUUUUGGCAUCCAUAAUCUUGUCUGCGUUGCCUGGACUUAUAGACAUCAAUGGAGCUUACAACAUAUGGAAAGUGGACAAGUUGGAUUUCCUCGUUUCUCUCGGCGCCUUCUUUGGCGUCUUGUUCGGCUCCAUAGAGAUCGGCCUCCUCGUCGCGGUGGGAAUUUCAUUUGGGAAGAUAAUUUUGUUGUCGAUUAAACCUAGUACAGAAGAACUAGGUAGAUUACCAGGAACAGAUAUUUUCUGCAGUAUUAAUCAAUUUCCUGUCGCCACCAAAAUACCAGGCAUCAUCAUUAUUCAAAUUAAUUCUGGAACAUUAUGCUUUGCAAAUGCUAAUUUCAUUCGAGAAAGGAUUUUGAAGUGGUUGUCUGAUGAAAACGAGAUCAAAGAAAGUAAUAAAGCAGGAGUUCGUGUCAUGAUCCUCGACAUGACUAAUGUGAUGAACGUCGAUACCACCGGAAUUCAUGCUAUGGAGGAACUGCACAAGAAACUGAUUUCUCGAGGGAUAGAGUUAGCGGUGGCGAAUCCAAGAUGGGAAAUGAUUUCCAAAAUGAAGGCUGCAAAAGUAGUCGAAAAAAUGGGAUCAGAUUGGAUUUUCCAAAGCGUAGGUGAUGCAGUGGAGGCAUCUCUUCGUCGCAAAAUGAAUGUGAAUGGCUUGUACGCUUGUUAAAUUUAUCAAUAUAGUGUGAACUAUUGCAAUAAGAUGAACUUGUGAUAAUCUUAACAUCAAGAUUUUGAUUCUAUGUAUUUGUUGUUGUUAUAUAAUUGCAUAAGUAAUUUUGUUGUGUAUGAAUGUAUAAUGAUGUCAUUAUUUAAAGCUGUAUGGGAACCUAAUUUUUUUCUUA